GUCACCGAGGCGUCCUGGCUCUGCGCUGAGCCGCUGGAGAGAGAAGAUGGUCAAAUCUGAUACACGUCCACGGCGCGAUUAACGUAACAUGACCGCUGCUGCAGCCGACCUCCACCCGCUUCACCGAGGAUCCACCGCCGGCACCGGCCUGAGCUCCACCCGACACCAGGAGAGAUCAGUGUCUUAUCCAGUUGCCCUGGACAGCUGCUAUUGGAAGAGGGAAGUCAGUCUUAUCAUGAACCUCGUCGAGACCAUCUCCAGUUGAAGCAGGGUCACCUCCACAUCCUUGCACGUUUGUUCCCAGUCUCGACCACAGAAUCCGUGAGAUCGUAACAAACGCUUGUUGUCCCAGUUCAGCGUUUAGCUCCGUUCUCCCCGUUCCGCUGAAGAUGUACAGCAGCGCCCGCUCUGUCGGCAGAGGGGAGGCCAACCAUAGUGCAGGAAGAGAUGCAGGCGGUACCGGUAAUCAGGGGUCGAGCCGCUCUCCUCGCCUCCCCCGCUCCCCUCGGAUGGGACACCGCCGCACCAACAGCACCGGAGGCAGCGGAGGGGGCCCUGGAGGGGCAGGAGGCAAGACGCUCUCCAUGGAGAACAUCCAGUCCCUCAACGCCGCGUACGCCACCUCGGGGCCGAUGUACCUGAGUGACAAUGAGGUCGGCAUGACCGGGGAGCACAUUCCAAAAAGUGGUGGGACAAUGACGACCAUGGGGAGACAGAGGGUCACGUAUGGGUCAAGGGGCAACAGCUGUGGAGUAGUGGCGGCCAGCACUCCCAACAUCUCCACCUCAGUGACUGGCAACUCUAUGUUGCCUGUAAGCAUGAUGGCAGGGGAUGCUCUAGCUUUUGGGGACCACCACAUGGCCUCCACCGUGCCCCACUCUCUGAGGCAGGCCAGAGACAACACCAUACUGGACCUGCAGGCACAACUGAAAGAGGUUCUGCGUGAGAACGAGAUGCUGCGGCGGGACGUUGAGGUCAAGGAGAGCAAACUCAGUUCCUCUAUGAAUUCUAUCAAGACCUUCUGGAGCCCAGAGCUGAAGAAGGAGCGAGCGCUCAGGAAAGACGAGGUUUCUAAGAUCACCGUCUGGAAGGAACAGUACCGCGUGAUUCAAGAUGAAGCACAGCAUCUCCAGAUGACUGUCCAGGCCCUCCAGGAUGAGCUGAGGAUCCAGAGGGACCUGAACCAGCUGUUUCAACAAGACCCCUCCAGCCACGGCCGGGACCUGGCCCUGACAUCUGAACCCACAGAGGAGAACUACCGGCGGCUGCAGGCCGAGCACGAGCGGCAGGCCAAAGAGCUCUUCCUCCUGAGAAAGACCCUGGAGGAGAUGGAGCUGAGGAUUGACACACAGAAGCAAACCCUGGGAGCCCGAGACGAAUCCAUCAAGAAGCUUCUGGAGAUGCUGCAGAGCAAAGGUCAGUCUGCCAAGGCAUCAGAGGAGGACCAGGAGCGGACCAGGAGACUGGCUGACGCUGAGAUGCACCGGCAUCACCUCGAGAGUUUACUGGACCAGAGAGAGAGAGAGGUGACAGUGCUGAGAGAGGAGCUGCACCGUCGGUAUGAGGGAACUCCCGAGUCCACCAAAACCAAGGCUCUGCAGACUGUCAUCGACAUGAAGGAUGCAAAAAUCAAUGCAAUGGAGCGGAACCUGCGGGACAUGGAGGAGGAGAUGCUGAUGCUGAAAUCCAAUGGACUUCUGAGCUGCGAGGAGCGUCAGGAGGAGAUGAAGCAGAUGGAAGUUUACCGCAGCCACACCAAGUUCAUGAAAAACAAGAUGGAGCAGGUGAAGCAGGACCUCUCCAGGAAGGACUCUGAGCUGCUUGGUUUGCAGACCAAGCUUGAGACGCUCACCAACCAGUUCUCAGAUAGCAAGCAGCACAUUGAAGUCCUCAAGGAGUCUCUCACUGCCAAGGAGCAGCGGGCUGCCAUUUUACAGACAGAGGUGGAUGCCUUGCGUCUGCGCCUGGAAGAAAAAGAGACAACUCUGAAUAAGAAGAGCAAGCAGAUACAAGAAAUGUCUGAAGAGAAGGGCACACUCAACGGAGAAAUCCAUGACCUCAAAGACAUGCUGGAGGUUAAAGAGCGCAAAGUGAAUGUGCUGCAGAAGAAGAUUGAGAACCUGCAGGAGCAGCUGAGGGACAAGGAGAAGCAGAUGAGCAGCCUGAAGGAGAGAGUCAAGUCUUUGCAAGCAGACACUUCCAACACUGACACUGCUCUCACCACGCUGGAGGAGUCUCUCGCAGAAAAGGAACGCAUCAUUGAGCGUCUAAAGGAGCAGCGAGACAGAGACAAUGGGGAGAAGACAGAGGAGAUUGACUCUAACAAGAAGGAACUGAAAGAGUUGAAGGAGCGACUGAGUUUACUGCAGGGAGACCUGUCAGACAGAGAGACUUCACUGUUGGACCUGAAGGAGCAUGCAUCAUCCCUGGCCUCCUCUGGGCUGAAGAAGGACUCAAAACUCAAGAGCCUUGAGAUCACAAUGGAGCAGAAGAGGGAGGAGUGCCUCAAACUGGAGAACCAUCUCAAGAGAGCUAAAAACGCAGCCCUGGAGGCUCAGGCUAACACCGAGGUCGCUGAGCGCAUUAAGAACCUGGAGCAGGAAGUGGCUCGCCACAAGGAGGAUUCUGGGAAGGCACAGGCUGAGGUGGACCGCUUGCUGGAGAUCCUCCGGGAAAUGGAGAAUGAGAAGAAUGACAAAGAUAAAAAGAUCAAUGAGCUGGAGAGUUUGGCCUCCAGGCAGAAGCAGGACCAGACGAAGAAGGUGGCCUCUCUGAAGCACAAGGAGCAGGUGGAGAAAAGCAGGAACGCUCGACUCAUGGAUGAGGCUAGAAAAAGGGAGGACAACCUGUCUGAGAACUCCCAGCAUGUGAAGGACACUCUGCGUCAGAAGUCGGAUCGUAUAGAGGAGCUGGAGGAGGCCCUGAGAGAGAGCGUCCAGAUUACUGCUGAGCGAGAGAUGGUGCUUGCUCAGGAGGAGUCUGCCAGGUCACUGCAGGAGAGACAGAUGGAGGAGCUGCUGGGGGCCAUGGAGAAGGUGAAACAGGAGCUGGAGUCCAUGAGAGCCAAACUGUCCUCCACCCAGCAGUCUCUCUGUGAGAAAGAGUCACACCUCACAACCCUGCGAGCUGAGCGCCGGAAACACCUGGAGGAGGUGCUCGAGAUGAAGCAGGAGGCACUGUUGGCUGCUAUCAGCGAAAAGGACGCUAACAUCGCUCUGCUGGAGUUGUCCUCAUCUAAGAAGAAGAAGACUCAGGACGAGGUGGCCCUGCUGAAGCGGGAGAAGGACAGACUGGUGCAACAGCUCAAACAGCAGACUCAGAACCGGAUGAAGCUGAUGGCAGACAACUAUGAAGAUGACCAUCUGAAGACGGUCCCCGACCACACAAACCACAAGCCCUCUCCAGAUCAGAUGAUACCCCCUCUUCUAGCCCUGUCCCAGAACCGCAGUAAGCUCAAGCUCUACAUCGCCCACCUGACAGACCUCUGCCACGACCGGGACCCCAGCAUCCUCAGCCAGCUCACGCCACCCUCUCACUACCACCACGGUGACCCCGAAGACUGGGAGGAGGAGCUCCAGAAGAUGAGUGUCCAACAGUUGGAGCACGAGCUGGAAGUGUGUGAGAAGGAGAGCGGGGACCUGCAGGAGUACGCCAACUCUGUCCUCCAGCAGAUCGCGGACUACUGCCCUGACAUCCUGGAGCAGGUUGUCAAUGCUCUGGAGGAGUCGUGCUGACAACUCGGACCUCGGACCCAACCCGGCUGACUCGUGGUCUUUGUAAAGCCUGUAGCCGAGCCCAGGUGCCCCUACCUCCACACAAUGAGGCUCCUGGUAGAAAGAAAGGAAGAGGUGGGGGGCAUUAUCACAAACCCACUGAGCUCUAACCCUUUGUUCCCUUUGUCCACCCUGGAACAAACUCCCAUGACCCCUGAGUGCUUCCCUGUCUCAUGUGUCUGUACUGCCAGGCCUGCAAAAAUCAAAUUAGGGACAUUCACAGUCUUAUCAAAUGGUGGAUAAAUGUGCCACUUUGAGCAAAUAUCAUGUCACCCACUCGUAUUACCAGUUGCAAUCUGAGGUCUGAUCAAUUAAUGAUGACCAUGGCAGAUGGUGGGCUCACAGUGGGACAGUUAACCUAGACAGCCGAACAGAUGUCAGACGUGCAACAGCGUCAUUCCAGAAGUUAAGCACAUCCCGUUUUACCACUUGUGAAUACGCCAUGUUUGAUUUUUGCCAGUAGGAUACUUGCAAAAAUAUCAUUGCACACCUGUGAGUCUUGGACAGGUGCGUUGGGAGAGAAAGGAUUUCAGAUGAAAGGAGCAAACUUUCCGCACAAAGUCUUGGAGCACACUGCCGACCUUCCUCUCCCCCGACAGCGCCAUUCACUGCAGGAACCGCCAGAUCAAGCACAGUUACCUCACCCUCUUCUGUCUCAGUCUUUUACCCCUUGGAUUCCUUUCACAAACCCUUUUAAAGUUUAAAAGGGGAUGGAAUUUAUUCCUCACAUGGGGCAGGGAAGCACAUGGUGUCCUGGGAGAUCUGGGGAGCUGCUACAUCUAGAGGGGAUCAGAGAGGAGCCGAGCUCAGUGUGGAAAUCACGGAGCCAUGUAGAGGCUUGUUUGUAUUUCGGUCUGUGUUCCCCGAGUAUCAGGUUGGAACCCAGUCACUAGUUUAAGAAACAGCUGCUGGAGGCUGAUCAUCACUUUUUUUUAACCAAAUAAACGCAGCUGUUGUCCAAAUGUUUCUUCAGCUCAGAGCUGUGGAUCUGUCCAUGCAGUCAGGACGAGGUCGCAGGUACAUUUGACGGUCGACGGUGGCCUGACCUCUGACACACAUCACAGAUCAGAACCUAGUUACACUUCAGUUUUCAAUGGACGAGAGAGAGAGAGAGAGGGGGGGGGGGGGGAAUUAGCUUUUAAUGUCGGUGAUGUAUAAUUUUUUUUUGAUGGGUUUUGCACACAGCGUCCAGUUUGUUAUGAGGUAUGCAAUGUUUCGUUUGAGAACGUUUUAGUGGCCUUGGAGCAUGCACAGAGAUCAGUACUGGACCUACCGCAGGGAGAUUUGUUCCUCUGUAAUAUUGGUGCUAAGGCAUGAUGUAUGGAUUUUCUUUGUUUUCAUCUGAUCCACUGAUCAGUCUCAUCCAAAGUUCCCAUAGUUUUUACUUAAAGCCCACCUGAUCUUCAGUUUCCCCAAAAGGAAACGAGUGAUGCCCCUUUUGUUCUUGUGUUUGUCUGGUCACUUCAAAAUGCAAGUGACGCCUCCUUUUUAUUAUCCGUGUUUUGAAUUCUUCAGGGCUGAGGUUUUUAAUUACUAAGUGCAUCUACAUUUACAAGAAAUGAAAGUCACUUUUCAGCAGAUUUUGACUUUUUAGAUCAGUUUGUAAAUAACGUGAGAUUUAACACGUACAGUGACUGAAUAAAGGUAAUUAAGUGGAAGGUGUUGUGUAUUCUUAAAAAGAUAAUAAUAAUCAGAAGUUACAAGCAGUGCAGUUUGUCUUUUGUGUCUAAUUUUUGUCAACAGGACAAAAUGUGUGUGCGUGUGUGUGUGACAGUACUGCCAUAACUUGCGGAAAGUCAUGUUCUAUAGAGAUAUAUAAAAAAAGAAUACAUAUAUAUAAAAAAUGUUUACUGUCUGGAUAUGCAUUGAAUGUUUGCACAGAAUCUUGAGGAGCGAGCUGCUCUGAACAGAGCGACAGUCGAGUGCGUGUUGUCCUCAGCGGAAACUUGAGGGAAGAAGUGUCCAAAAAAAAUUGUGUCAAAAUAAUGUGUGAACUACAAACGUUUUUCAAACCGUGACUGUGUGAUGGGAGAGUACGUUUCUUGCAUUUAUUUCUAGUUAUCUUUUUUUUUUUUUAAAUAUAUAUAGAUUCCCACCUCAUGAGAUGUAAAUGUAUUAUCCUGAGAUUUACAGUGUUGUCUUUCGUUUUCUCCAACGAGUCUCCAACCAUCUUCUGGUGUUACAUAAUCGGAACAUAAUGUAACAGAACACACGGUAAAACACUGCGUCAGUAUACGUCUAAAAAAUAAUAGGUUUUCUAACAAACUCCCUUUUAUGUGGGUGAUAAACUGAUAAAUUUGGGUGUCUGGAUUUUCAACUACCAUUGAAAACAAAGCCCAUCUCUUGUUUUGGAGGCCGUUGGUUGGAUGCUUGUUUUUGUACUUCUCGUCUGUAAAAGUUUGAGUGAGGGUUUAUUUCUUUCCGCUCCUAACCAACCCUCGUACCGACCACCGCUGGGCUCGGAGAAAGAAUGGCGGCGUUUGUUUCAACUGUUUCCGUUUCCUCACUAUGGCCUGUGUGUCACUGCCCUUGCCUUAAUGUCUUGUCACUUCUUUUUACUCCUUAUUGAGGAACACAGAGCCGAUUAAGGGGCUUCAGUCAAACUCAUGGUAUCUGUUUUCAUUGGCGUUUGGAUAAGAAAUGUACUGCCUUCUGUCUGUUUGUGGUAAGAAUCAAACUGUUAAAAGAAAGCAAAACAGACAUGUGUGUGAGUUACUUGGAUUUUGUAUGUAUGUAAAUAAAUAAAUUAUAAGCCUUGG